AGAGUAUUUUACAUACACCUUACAACAUUAAAAUACGAUUAGUAGCUAAAGUACUUGGACAUUUGAUCUCCAGUCUACCAGCUGUAAUGUUUGGUGCACUUUACUAUAGAUGCCUUGAAAAAGACAAAACCCUUGCCCUUAAAGUUGCCAAGGGUAGUUUUGGGGCCAAAAAUUCUAUAUCCCAGCAUGGAAUACAAGAGUUAAAUUGGUGGUUAGAAAACCUAGAAGCUAGUUACAAUGUUUUCCAACAUCCCUCAAUUGAUAUUGUUUUAUAUUCGGAUGCUUCAACUACAGGUUGGGGGGCAGCACUAGGAGAGCAAUCUACAGGGGGCCCAACAGAAGCAGAACUUCACAUUAAUGCCCUAGAGCAGCAAGCUGCAUUUUUUGCUCUGAGAUCUUUCAAGCACUCCCUUAGUGGUAAACAUGUUAAAUUAAUGAUUGACAAUACCUCAGCUGUAUAUAUCAUUAAUAAUAUGGGCACAAGUCACAGUGACAAUUGCCAUUCAAUAUGUGUUGCUAUUUGGGAGUUUUGCAUCACCAACAAAAUAUGGCUAACAGCUGCCCAUUUACCAGGGGCUUUAAAUGUAGUAGCUGAUAAGGAAUCAAGACGAUCAUACAGUGAUUCUGAAUGGAUGAUUGAUAGCAAUAUUAUGCAAAAAUCUCUAUCAGAUUUAGACUUUACACCUGAAAUUGACCUUUUUGCCUCUAGAUUGAACAAUCAAUUAAAUGCAUAUUGUUCAUAUAGACCCGAUCCGGAUGCAAUGUAUAUUAAUGCAUUCUCAAUCUCCUGGGCAAAUUUAAAGUUUUACUCCUUUCCACCUUUCAGUUGCAUACUUCAGGUUGUCCAGAAAAUCAUCCAAGACAAAGCCGCAGGAGUGAUAGUGGUCCCAAACUGGCCCACACAAGCUUGGUAUUCUCUCCUUCAACCUCUUCUAGUCAAAAGUCCACAGACAUGCAAACCAUCAAAGACACUCUUACACCUUCCAGCAUGCCAAACUCAGUCGCACCCUCUACACAAAAAACUGGAACUCCACAUUUGUCUUGUGUCCGGGAAAGAUUCUUAACAUCUGCCAUAUCAUGACGUUCAGCUGACAUAAUGAUGGCAUCAUGGAGAGAGGGUACUAAGGCAGAAUAUGACCCAUACAUUAGGAAAUGGUUAGACUUUUGUAUGAAGGUUAAGUGUGACCUUGUUACUCCUCCAGUCCCAACUGCCAUUGAUUUUUUAGCAAGCUCUUUUGAUGGAGGCCUUUCAUAUGCUUCUGUCAAUACAGCUUGUAGUGCACUGUCAUAUGUCUUACUCAUUGAAAAUAGCAAGAUACCUUUUGGUCAGUUACCGCCGGUCAAACACUUCGUGAAAGGCAUCUUCGAACUGAAACCAUCCUUGCCUAGAUACCGUACAGUCUGGAACGUUAGUACAGUGUUUAAUUAUCCUCGUUGCCAACCAAAUAUUGCUGAUUUGUCGUUGAAAGACUUAUCUCUAAGACUGACCUUAUUAUUAUUAUUACUAAGUGGGCAACAUUGCCAAACUGUUUAUUAUUUCACUAUGGAUAAUAUGGAGCUCUCAGAAGACAAAUGUGUUUUCAAGGUCACUGACAAGGUCAAACCAGGAAAGGAUAUCAUAUUCCACCCAUCAUCUAUGAGCAUUAUCCCCAUGAAAGAAG